ACGGGUCCACAGGUUGGUUUCGCGUUCCGGGAGGAAGCCGGAGAACUGGUUAUGUGGGGGCCGACGGGGCAAUUUGCCAGGGACACCCCGCGCGAGCCGGAAGUGCAGGCUGCGCCAGCGGCUCACAGGAGCUCCGGGCUAGACGGUGGCGACGGCGGCCCCUCGGCAGGAGGAGGACGAUGAGGAGCGGCGGGGGCGGCGCGGGGCCUCGCUGCUGCGCGGAGCCGGGUUCCGAGCCCGCGGCCGACUGCGCAGCCCGCCCGCGAGCCUGAGGUGAAGUGUUACUGGAUAAAGAACCUCACAGAACUUAACUGCACUAAUUUCCUUUAUGCUGGCCUUGCCAAGAUACCUACGUGGGGCUACCAUGGAAAAAUCCUGGAUGCUGUGGAGCUUCAUUGAAAGAUGGCUGCUGGCCCUGGCGUCCUGGUCCUGGGCUCUCUGCCGCAUCUCUCUGUUACCUUUGAUAGUGACUUUUCAUCUGUAUGGAGGCAUUGUCUUACUUUUGUUAAUAUUCGUGUCAAUUGCAGGUAUCUUAUAUAAAUUCCAAGAUGUCUUGCUCUACUUUCCAGAACAGCCAUCUUCUUCCCGCCUUUAUGUUCCCAUGCCCACGGGUAUUCCCCACGAAAACAUUUUCAUCAGAACCAAAGAUGGAGUGCGUCUGAAUCUGAUCUUGGUGAGAUACACUGGAGACAAUUCCCCCUAUUGCCCGACCAUAAUUUAUUUUCAUGGAAAUGCAGGCAACAUAGGCCACAGGUUGCCAAACGCACUGCUUAUGCUGGUGAACCUCAAAGUGAAUCUCGUGCUUGUUGAUUACCGGGGGUAUGGGAAAAGUGAAGGAGAAGCCAGUGAAGAAGGACUGUAUUUGGAUUCUGAAGCUGUGCUAGACUAUGUGAUGACUAGACCUGACCUCGAUAAAACAAAGGUUUUCCUUUUUGGCCGCUCCCUGGGAGGAGCAGUGGCCAUUCACUUGGCUUCUGAGAAUUCUCACAGGAUUUCGGCCAUCAUGGUGGAGAACACGUUCCUAAGCAUACCACACAUGGCCAGCACUCUAUUUUCAUUCUUCCCAAUGCGUUACCUUCCUUUAUGGUGCUAUAAAAAUAAGUUUCUGUCCUACAGAAAGAUCUCCCAGUGCAGAAUGCCUUCUCUCUUCAUCUCUGGCCUCUCUGACCAGUUGAUUCCACCCGUGAUGAUGAAACAGCUCUACGAGCUCUCCCCAUCCCGGACUAAGAGAUUAGCCAUUUUCCCAGAUGGGACGCACAAUGACACAUGGCAGUGCCAAGGUUACUUCACUGCGCUAGAACAAUUUAUCAAGGAAGUGGUCAAGAGUCAUUCUCCCGAAGACAUGACAAAAACAACAUCCAAUGUCACCAUCAUCUGAUGCCACCCUCUUGAUGGAUACCUUGGGUUUCAGUGUGUGGCGAAUGAUGUCUUUUCUGGGUAUGUGUUCAUACUGGUCUGCACAGUGACUCUGAGUUUGAAAGGCCUCAGCGCUCCAUUCUGAUGAUCCUGUAACUUUCCAAGUUUUAAAACUGGGCUUCUUAAGAGUGUUUGAUAUUCCUAUCAGAACUUCAGCCUGGUGAAAUACCCUUAACUUUAGUUUAACAUGCUGGUUUGAUAGAUGUCAUCCAAAAGUGUCUUGUUGGUUAAGUGGUAUAAUCUAAGUUGUACUCAGAUGGAGAUGGAAACAAGAAACCUUCAGGUGUCUGUCAUUCCUUUAGUGAAUAUUGGGACAAUCACGGUAAGCAAGUGCUGCUGCGUUUUCACCUUAAACAUUAAGAUGAAGUGCAUGGUGGUGUUUUAUUCUUGACUUAUGCAAUGCGAUAUUUUUAAUGUAAAUAACACUAGUCACAUGCCAAUGUAUAUGGUUUCCUGGGUUAUAUCUAUUUUUAUGUAAACUCUAUUUUGUUUUGGUGAGGAAUGAGUGUGAGGCCUGUGGGCAGAUUCCAUGUUCUGCUGCUACUGAGAUCCGGCUUUUCCUAAUAAUAAACAGGACCUUUUCCAAUAUAAAUGUACUGUGUUUUUGUUAGGAGCUGUCUGGAUUGUGGCUAGUGGGAUAGGAAGUUUGCAUUUUCUGCAGCUUUCUUUGUAUAUUGAACUUUUUAACAUUUGUGAUUUUGGUUGCAAACAAAAUUUUAGCCUCUGUCAGUUUGUGAAUCUUCAGCUAAACAAUAAUAGCUGCAGCAAGGGCUAGAACUAGCCAGUGGUUGAGUGAGUAUAACUCAACAUGUGUGUGCACACGGCCUUAUGCAAUGCUUUCAUCUGAAUGAAGUCCCAGUACCUAGGAUGUGCCUGACCUGACAGAGGCAAGCAUCAUUUAUUGAACUUUUUGCAAGUAAAUUUCGAAAUGAAAAAAAAAAAAAAGCAAAUAACUAAGUAUGGCUUAAUAUUCUAGUUCUCUUUAAUGGGCUAUAUAAAGGGACAGUCUUAGGAAAAUUUGUCAGUUUUUACUGGUGGGAUUGAAGGAUUCCAAAGCUUUUCCCAGCCUGUUACACAUAAAGCAAUUAAGGAACUGUAGGUGGGAAGUUAUACUUGUCAAAGUGAGCCCUUUGAAGCCUGGAAGCAUUUGGUUACAUUCCAGUCAGGAGGUGGAACCUGCCAAGUCCUUUCUCACAAUCCUCACCAGGUAGAUGUGCUUGAGCCCUUGCACAUUAGGUCAGCUCCAACCCAUGAUUGCAGAUAGCUUAGCUGUAUUUAUUGACCUUCCAUAAGCAGCUAGAGCACAGUAAUAAUGAGUCAGUCUUGACCUUAAUUUAAAACUUUCCAUGAACAUAGGGCUAGAAGUACUUUUGCCAAGUAGCAUUCUUAGCCUUCAUUUUAUGCCAAUGUUUAGAAAACAAUAAUGUAUAGCAAGUAUAAUUUCUAAAUAAUAAUGCUUUUCUAUAAAUUAUUAAUUGUAAAGAGUCUUGUUUUUUAAAGAGUUGGUAACUCAUCGUGGAGGAUGUAUUUUGUAUGUGUAAAUUCACAAUUAAAGGCUGCUUUUCAUCUUGUCAA